UUGAUGUUCUAAGGAGUAAAGUCCUAACUCCUAACCUGUUUAUAAAAACACAUGUUGAGUGGUGUUUUGAAUUUAAAUCUUUUUAUUUUUUAAAUGGAAUUUAUCAAGUAAAUAUUUUGAGCUAGAAAAAUGGGUAAAUUUUUUCGAUCAAAUCUAAAGGGUAAAUCAAAAGGGAAAAGAUGGCAGAAAGGGCAAUCAUCAAAUUCAAAUCCCAAAACACAGAAGCACCGAGAAAUAGCAAAAUCUCGAUUCUUUCAAGAAAAUCUUGGAAACUCCGGGUUAACUCAGCAAGCAUUGCAGAAGCACGAUACAAUGACACAAUACUCUCAUAGAAAAAAGCAGGAAGAUGACGCAUUAAUUUUGAUUAAGAAAGAAUUUGAGAAUAUGUCAGUAAACACGGGCGAAGAUGAUACUGCCACAGACUGCACAGGCUCAGGGAAGUCUGGUACAAUCAAGACAUUUCAGACAUUUGCUUCGGAUUGGAGUCAAUGUUCAAACAUGUCUUUCAGCAAACUAUUUUCACGAUUUGAUUCAAAUAAUGCAUUGCACAAGGAGAUGCUAGCAGUGCUGGCUGCCGUAACAGAAGUCAUAAAGGAACAGGGUGGCAAAGAGACUACAAGUGAAUAUUUUGUCGCCUUGACACAGACCUUGAAAUCGUCCGAGGGUGAAGAGAGUCUCGCACCAACAUUAUCCCUCCUGACGAUGUGUAUUCAAUCAGUUAAAAUGGCCGUGCUACGGAAGCAGUUCUCAGACACCGCAGCCGUUUUAAUGGAUAUAUUAGAGAAGAAUUCUCAGUCAGAGAAUGGUUCUAUGUUGAGGAGCGCUAUCGGCUGUCUGUCAGUUCUGCUGAGAGCACAGGAAUAUGCUGUUUGGGGUGCUUCAUCAACUAUGAAAGUGCUGUCUUCUGUGCUUGCUUUCACGUUGCAUGUGAAGCCAAGGGUCCGGAAAUUGGCUCAACACGCAAUAGUGGCGAUACUUAGGGGGAGUUGUUUUAUGAUACUGAUAGAAGAAGACAAAAUUAAGGUUCCAAAACUACACCCCGGCUCGAAUCUUGUGGCAGAGUUUUGCUUAACAGAGCUGAAGCCAGAAGCACUGUUGUCUGGACAUAAAACUGUGUUACAUAUACUGACAAUGCUACGGGAUGUCUUGCCGUUGUUUAGCAGGGAUUAUAUCAAGACAAUUUGCGAAGCUAUUCUGUCACUGAUGACACACAAUAAUGUGUACAUUAAAACCUGCUGCCUGCACACUCUCCACGCGUUAUUCUCGGCUCCCAAAGAAUUUACCAACCUGACAGCGUCACUGGCCGUCCAGAUGAGCCGGGCACUGGUAGCAGCCCGUCCUCCCCACAACGAUACGGGCCAGGUGCUGGCGUGGUCUGCGGUGCUUCAACAGGCAUACAGCUGUCUCGCCACACUUGACCUGAACCUGUGCCUGCCGAGCCUGCCCCACUUCGUGAACAUCUGUGUCUCCGAGCUGUGGCUCUCCGACGUCGCUGAUGUCAACUCUGCAUCCACCAACGCUUUGAAAGCCGUUCUGUUAGACUGCGUGAAGCCCGCAGUAGAAUCGGACGAAACCAUCACGAAGCACAAAGCACAUAUCGACAACAUAUUUAAAAUGAUCAGCACCGGACUCGACAAUCCUUUCAACCAGGCCAUCAAGCAUGUUGUGCUCACAGUCGCGGUUUGUUUCGAGAUAGGCAAUGAGAAAAUUGCGUAUACUUUGGCGCCGCUGUUGAAGAAACUAAACGAACGUAAAGAAAGCCAUAAUUUCUUCAAUGAAAAAGAGGUUGAAUAUGCGACUGGUUGUGCUGUGAAAGCCUUGGGACCGGAGUUUGUACUCAAAGUAAUACCACUACGAGAUGGCGAAAACAUAAAUUUGGACAGGAGUUGGUUACUGCCAGUCCUGAAGGAAAAAAUUACUAAUUCCAAGCUACAGUACUUCGCGACCGAGAUUUUGGAGAUGGCAACAUUUUGUAGGAAAAAAUCGCGAGAACUUGCUGCAAAGAAUGAUAAUGCCGGUGCUCAUACUUACGAUUUACUAUGCCACCAACUUUGGGCCUUAUUGCCGAGUUUCUGCAACAAGCCAGUAGACAUUGUGGACAGUUUCAAAUUAGUUGCCCGGGUGUUGGGUAGCGUUUUGAAAGAUAAUCCCGAGUUUAGACUGUCUAUAAUGCAAGCAUUGAGGAAGUUAAUAGCUGGUGUGAGUUGUGAAGACGAAAGAAAUGAAUUGAGUCGCUUUGCUAAAAAUUAUAUACCUAUUUUAUUAAACAUUUAUAUGACUCCCGUGAAAGGAAGCACUGCUGAGGGUCAACGAUUAGCUGCUCUUGAAACCAUACAGGUAUACCUUACUAUAAGCGAGCCAUCUUUAUGCGAAGAAUUAUUCCAAAACGCGAUCCAACAAUUGCAAACAUCAGAGAAUGAUCACUUUAAGCGUGAAUCCAUACUUGAUAUCGUCCGAAUAUUAGUACUCUAUCAGAAAAGUGAACACAUAGCAGAACUGUUUGAUAAAUGGUUAUAUCCACUGUGUGAGACGAUUCCAGAAGAUUUCAAGAAAAAAUCCAACAAAAAGAAGAACAACGAAAUGGAUGGAGUCGUUGAAGGUUGUGAAAAAAUUGAUGAAACGCAAUUACGUUAUAAGGAUAGAGUUAAAUUAUUGGAGAUGGAACAUAAAAAGGCGUACAGGAUAUUAGAGGAGAUAUUUAAGUGUGACAGUGAGACAUGUAAAAAGUUUAUUAAGGAUAAUUAUAAAAAGAUAAGGCAAUUAUUAAUGUCGUCAUUGAAUAAAGCAGCUGAUAGCAGUAAAGCGGCUCGGUUAAGGUGUAUACAGCAUUUAAUAAACAUGUCUUCGAAUCUCAGUGCGGAAAGCAAGCUGUUGAAGUCAGCGACCGCAGAGGCGGUAGUAUGUACGAAGGAUAUCAACUCCAAGUGUCGCCAGUGUGCCUUCAACCUUAUUAACACCGUGGGAAAUGUAUUGAAGUGUCAGGAUGGAGGUAUGGAAGCGUUCAUUACAAUACUGUCGUCUGGUUUAUCUGCCCAUGUUCCCCGUAUCGUCAGCGCUACGGUCCGCUCGCUAGCUUCGGCUCUUUUCGACUUCUCUGAAGAAAUGGGUUUGGACAACGUACAGAAUAUACUGGAGACUGUUUGUGACCUCAUGGUCGGCAACAAUCGGGAAGUGGUCGCCGCCUGUAUGAGCUUCAUCAAGGUUUAUACAAAAGUGUUGCCAAAUGACGUGAUAUUGGGAAGUCUACCAAUUAUAUUCAAAAGUCUGUCCGUAAUGUCGGAAGAUUGCAAGCGUCAUUCCCGUCUAGAGAUCGGGUAUUUCUUGUCCCGGAUGACCAGAAAAUUUGGUGCAGACACCCUGGAGAAGUUGAUACCGACACAAGAUGAGGUUAUGUUAAGGCGGCUCAGGAAUAUAAGAAAGUUGGAUAGUAGGAAGAAGAGAAUAAAAGAAGGACAGAGGGACCAAGGUGGUGAUUCGGUCACAGAAACGAUACGAGGUACUUCGAAAACUCUAGAAGAUAUAUUAAAGGAUUCUGACUCCGAACUAGAGUAUUUAGAUGAUGAGCAGCCCAAGAGUAAAAAGAAGAAGGGCAAGAACCAGGCCUGGAUCGAGGACGACCCGGAGAAUAUUGUGGACUUGGCUGAUGUCUCCUCUUCCAGGAAGAUUACUGCAACUGAUCCCAAACAAAAGAAACGCACAGUAGAAGUGAAGGCUCAGAAAAAGAAGGACGGCGGCUUCAGAACGGCGCCUGAUGGCAGACUGAUCAUCGCUGAUGACGAAGUUGAGGAUGAAGAGGAACAAAAACCGAGUGGCGAUAUCGACACGGACACUGAUGAUACUGAUGGCGAGAGCGACGAAAAGCCUUCAAAGCUACUGAAAGCUGGAACCAAACGCCGCUACGAUGAUAUUCUCAGCGCGAAAAGUGGAAGGAGUGGCCGCAGUCGAGCCUCCACAGCGACCGCGACCUCCAAGUACAGAACGGGCGGGAGCGGCAUCCACAGAGCUACGACUAGUAGUGCCGCCCCGGUCGCAGUCGCGGGCACGGAGUACAAGUCGAAGAAGGCGCAGGGUGACGUCAGCAAGAAGGGCAUGCCCCAGCCGUUCGCCUAUGUGCCGCUGACGAGGACAUAUCUUAAUAAAAGAAAAAAGGGAACUGCUCAACAAUUUAAAGGAAUUGUCAAAUCGAAGAAUAAGGUUGGCUUGAAAACUAAGAAUAAAAUGUAAUAUAAUAUGAUAGCUGUUUAUAUGUAUAAGUGAAAUAAACUACAUACUUUGUAA